AGUUCUGUUCAAAGUAUUACUGGAAUUGAAACAUACAUUUUUUUUGCGGUGAUAUAACAAGAUCAUGUGCAGCUAUUGUCAGAUGUCUAGGGUUUCGAAGGAGGCUGGUGAUGAGGAUACCACCAAGUUUGAAGAUCGGACGGAGUUGGUUUCUCCACCGCUGAAGAAGCCGAAGAUAGAUGCGGAGGAUGCGAAGGCGGAAACAGAGGUCGUCAAAUCAAAGAUGCGAAUUCUACGCAAAGGAAACUGGAAGGAUCCUGAGUAUAUUAGACAGGAAGAUCUGUUUGAGGAGCAAUUUGUAAAGAGCGAGGGUUACGAUGUAGAUUGGGAUAAAUUGUACUUCAAAUUCCCUGCCAUCAAAUUCGAAUCGGCAUCAUCUUUGUCAACUCGACUUACCAAUCAGGAAGUGCUAGAUCUGUGCAUAAAAACGGCCAUCAGAGAAGAAAACGAAGAAUCUAUUAGAAGAAAAGAGCUUCCUCUUGUUAGUUUUCUCUCAGCUUUAGUUCUUUCUAAUCGUUUCUUCUGCUUUUUUGCAGGGAACAAAUCUCAAGUUCGUUAAGUAUGUGAGUGCAAAUGUUCAGGGAGUGCAAGGUUUUUUGUUUUAUAUAACAUUCUGGGCACAAGAUGUUUCCUCACCAAAUCCUGAGCCAAAA